AUGGCACCAUCUGCAAUCUCUGGUAGUCCCCCACCUCGCUACCACUCGCCUCCGGGUGGCUCAAAGGCAAGCGAUCUCAAGCAAGCAUCAACAACGACCACGGAGCAGCAGACGAACAAGAAGCCGCCCAAAUAUGUCGUGGAUGAUUUCAACCCUUACCACAAUCCGUUGAAGGUCACCGAGUCCGAGGCAGAUAGGCAGUACCCCUUUCCUGAUCUCAAGCCUUGCUUCCCUUCCGACAUCAACACUGCCCCGUACGAGCCAAUCACCAACUUUGUGGACCGUGGCACCUUUGCGGACUCGUCCAAAGCCGCCUUGUACGGUGCAUCUACCAAGAUUGACCACCUCAGCGUCAACAUCGGCACAGAGCUGAUCGGUCCUCAACUUCACAAGCUCUCUGCUCAGCAGAAGGAUGAAUUGGCGCUGCUGGUCGCGGAACGUGGUGUAGUGGUGUUCAGAGAUCAGGAACUUUCUCCUGACCAAUUGGUAGAGUUUGGUGGAUAUUUUGGAGCAUCGGACAGACCGCUGCAUCAACACCCAUCGUCUGGUGUUCCAAGAAGACGCGGACUGGACGACGUGCAUGUGGUGUGGCACGACGAGUCGAUGAAACCUAGCGACCUAGCCUUUACAUCCACCGAGCUCUACCAUUCCGACGUCACUUUCGAACUCAACCCGCCAGGAUUGACGGCUCUGCACAACAUCACCAAUCCGGUGCAUGGAGGGGGAGACACGCUGUUCAGCAGCGGUUACGGAUUGUACGACAAGCUGAGCGAUCCUAUGAAAGCUUACUGCGAGAGCUUGCAGGCCGUUCAUUCGGGCGUCGCGCAAGCUGAAGGCGCUUCCAAAGCUGGCCUGCACCUUCGUAGACCCGCUUUGGAGACGACGCACCCGCUAGUCCGCACGCAUCCCGUCACGGGUUGGAAGAGCAUCUUUGCGAAUCCAGCCUUUACCACCGCCAUUGCUGGAGUUCCUCGAUCGGAAUCUCAAAUGAUCCUUAAUCACCUCUUUGGUCUCAUGACCAACUCGCCCGAGUUGACGUUGAGGGUGCGAUGGCAAACGGGCACGGUCGUCGUUUGGGACAAUCGAGUGACGACGCACAGCGCGACGUACGAUCAUUGGAGACCUGAUCCCACGUGCAGGAGGCAUGCCCUCAGAGUAGCAGCUACGGCCGAAAUUCCUUCCUUGCUCAGACCGGAUGGUUCCGAAGGUGUUUCAAGGCAGGAACAGAUUUGGGAGCAGCAAGGAUUGGACGUGCAGGCGCUCAAGAAGAGGUUGGCUACGCAAAAACCAUCCGGAGGCUUCAAGGACUGA